AUGGCCAACCGAUCUGCUUAUCAGAGACCGUUUCCAGAAAGGAUCAUUAAUGAAUAUCCUCUCCCAAGGAAUUACAGGCCACCAGAUUUUCAUGCUUUUUCUGGAGAGGAUGGAUCCUCCACCAUAGAGCAUGUGGGGCGUUUCACAACACAGUUAGGGAAAAUUGGUAACAAUCCUUUUUACAAGUUACAACUGUUUGGAUUGUCCCUAACUAGGACUGCUUCUUCAUGGUUUCAAUAUCCAGAAGAGUCAGCCUCACAAUUUAUUGAAAGGGUGCGUUUGAUGAAAGGACGGUGUCCUACAAUAAUCAAUGAAAGAGAGAUGACCAACUUAGUGGUCCGAAACAUGCAUGGUCGCCUAAGGGAUGCGCUCACUGCACAUGAUGUCGAGGAUUUGGCAAGUUUCGCAUCCAAGGUUGGAUGUUUGGAAUCGCUUUUCAGGGAAAGAGAUCAGAAUUUCAGGCGUAAUAAAGGCCAACAUAUGGCUAGUAUGGAAACAGAGACAUACGACUUUGAGUAUGAUCAAACAAAAUAG